AUGCUCACGGAAGAGCGCUUCCAGAAUAAAGCACCUGUUGACAAGCGGGGAAGGAAGGAUGGGGCCGAAGAAGUGUCCCCAGACACCGGAACAGAGAAGAGCGCCCUCCCACCAGACACAAAGAAGAAGGCCAAGUUGCCGGAUCAAGAAGAGCAUGCAUCUGACAGUGAAGCAGAGGAGCCCAGCGAAGGAGAGGAUGCAGAGGCUGCCGAGGAAGAGAGCAGCGAAGAGGAGGAGUCUGACAGGGACGCAGAGGCAAAAGCACGGUGGGCGCGCAUGCGGGGGCUGGCCGGCCCGGACAGCAGCAGCGAUGAUGAUGCUGGCAGCGAGGAUGAGGAUGCAUCAGUCUCCGAUAUGGCCUCUCUUCAAGACGAGGAUGAGGUGGGCGAUCUGUCAGAGUGGGGAGUGGGAGCGAUGGCGGCCAAUCCGGACGAGGCCAUUCCCGAGGCGGAGGAGACCUCCAGGCUGGCAGUUCUGGACUUGGAUUGGGAGCGCAUCCGCGCCACCGAUAUCCUGGUUGUCCUGCGCUCCUUCCUCGACAAGGGGCAACGCAUCGAGCGGGUGACAGUGUAUCCGUCGGACUUUGGCCUGGCCCAGAUGGCUGAGGAGGCGGUCAUGGGGCCGCGUCCCAUCUUUGGCUUAAAGGCACUGCGGGAGAGCUCCGCCAAAGAAGCACAUGGCAGCGACUCAGAUGACGACGAUGAUGACAGCGACGCUGCAAAGAGGCCCGGUGCAGAAGAGGAGUCUGAGGAGUCAGAUGCGGAGGUCGACCAGCGCCGCCUGCGCAUGUACGAGCGGUCAAAGCUGCGCUACUACUACGCAGUUGUGGAGUGUGACAGCGUCGCCACCGGCGCCCACCUGUACAGCCAGUGCGACGGCCUCGAGUUUGAGCUGACUGCCAACCGGCUGGACCUGCGCUUUGUGCCGGAGGAGCAGAGCUUUGAGGGGCGGAAGGUGCGGGACAGCGCGACGGGCGCGCCGGCCGAGUACCAGCCGCCGCCCUUCUUCGCGACGGCCGCGCUGCAGCACACCAACGUGAAGCUGACCUGGGACGGCGACGAUGAGCAGCGCAAGCGCACCAUGUCCAAGCGCGUCACCGCCGACGAGCUGCGCGAAGACGACUUCAAGGCGCGCCCCCUGCAGCCUACUUUACACCUUUCUCUGCAGCUGACCAAAAAUUCCUCGAUUCUUUCAUUUGCAGAGAUGGACAAACAGGGAAGUGAUGAGGAUGAGGAAGAAGCCGAGGUGCCAGAUGCGGACCGCUACCGGAAGCUGCUGUUGGCGGGCGCCGAUGCGCAGCAGCCGCUGCACCGCAAGGGUGGCAAGGACUGGGGCGCUGCAGCAAAUGGGACCGCCGACGAGGAAGACCAGGCAUGCUGUCUCUCCUUCAACUACCAAUGUCAUGGCUGCUUCCUGUGUCAUGGCUUGCCAUGUGUUGUUGGCAGUGGCGAAGAGGAGGCAGCGAAGAGGAAGACCAAGAAACGGGGGGAUGUGGACAUGGAGGUCACCUUUGGUCCUGCGCUGGAGGGCCUCUCGCAGCGCCUGGCUGACAAGGCAAAGUCCAAGGAGGCCAAGACCCUUUGGGAGCAGAUUGAAUUGCGGCGCAGGGAGAAGAAGAUGGCAGCAAAGAAGAAGGGGAGGCACUACGCCAGCUCAGACGAUGAUGGAGAUGGCGCCAUCAGCGAUGACGUGCAGCCAGCAUACGUGCAGGAGGAUGCCUUCCUCCAGCAUGAUGACAACACCUUCGAUGACCCUUUCUUCCAGGGCGGGGAUGAGGAGCCGUCCAAGCCUCAGAAGGAGGAGGAGAGGGCGGCCAAGAGGGAGAAGAUGCGCAAGAAGAAGACAGAGCGGGUGGCGGCCGAGCAAGCAAAGGAGCAGGAGGAGCGGAGGAGGCAGGCUGAGCUGGAGCUGCUGCUCAUGGAUGAGCAUGCCCUGCAUGAUCAGGCCGUGCUGGGUGCCAAGGCAGACAAGGCGGCAGAAGCUAAGGCAAGCCAGCUGUCACGCAAGGAGCGCAUCAAGCUGAAGAAGGCUCAAAAGCGCAUGGAGAGGGCCACGGGCAGCGAUGAUGAGGACUUGGGCACAGCAGGACAGAAGCUGAAGGAGGCCGACCUGGAGGAUCCUAGGUUCUCAGCAAUCUUCACCAACCCCGAUUAUGCCCUGGAUCCGACCAACCCUCGCUUCACGCACACGGCUGGCUCCGCCAAGCUGGCAGCAGCCGUGGCAAAGCGCAAGGGGCGCAAGGUGCCAGCUGGAAUCGAUGCUGCUCCGGAGGCUGCCGUGGCACCCUCAGAUGCAGGGAAGCCCUCAUCUGAUGCCCAGCUGAAGGCCAUGGUAAUGUCGCUGAAGAAGAAGAAGGCAAGUGCAAAGAAGGCCGAGCAGCUGAAGAGCAAGUGA